AUGGCAAUUGUAUCAGUGAUACCAGUGGCCAACCUUACAAGCUCCAGCGACAAUGGUGGUAAUGGGACAACGAAUGGAACCGUCGGUGGCAAUGGAGACGACGGGGGAGGUGCAGUUGGAGGGGCAACCACGGUUGGUGGUUGCCCUCGACCGGAUGACACGUUAUAUCCGAGCAUGUUCGGAAUUGACCUCGCCGUACCCCAGUGGGAAGCGAUUGCUACCGCACUCGUACUGACACUCAUCAUCAUCAUCACCAUCGUCGGUAAUGUGCUUGUCAUUCUCAGUGUGUUCACGUACAAACCGCUCCGGAUAGUGCAAAACUUCUUCAUCGUGUCACUGGCGGUUGCCGAUCUGACGGUCGCCAUCCUCGUGCUACCCUUCAACGUGGCCUAUUCUAUACUGGGACGGUGGGAGUUCGGCAUCCAUGUCUGUAAGAUGUGGCUCACCUCCGACGUCCUGUGCUGUACGGCUUCUAUCCUUAAUCUUUGUGCGAUAGCGCUAGAUCGAUACUGGGCAAUAACCGAUCCGAUUAAUUAUGCCCAAAAACGAACCCUGGAACGAGUGCUGGCACUGAUUGCCGGUGUGUGGGUUUUGUCGCUGGUCAUCAGUUCACCACCGUUGAUCGGUUGGAACGACUGGCCGGAAGAAUUUUCCAGCGAGUUCCCAUGUCAAUUAACUAGCAAUCAGGGCUACGUCAUCUACUCCUCCCUCGGAUCAUUCUACAUCCCGUUGAUCAUCAUGACAAUUGUAUACAUCGAAAUUUAUAUAGCCACUCGGCGGCGGCUCCGGGAGAGAGCUCAGGCGUCCAAAAUCAAUACUUUGGCCAGUAGGAGCAUUGGGGUAGCGAGCGACAAGGAGAUGGCCACAACACAGAACAACCCGCGGGACCGGGAAUCAAUUAGUAGUGAAACAAACCACAACGAACAUCCAAACCAUAGCACCAGCAGCAGUAGUACCGAUCACCGGUCCCAGCGGAAACGAAAGAAGAAGGCUAAGGAGAAAAAAGAAGCCAAAGUAGCGGCCAAACGUGCCAAACAGGCAGCGGAGAGUCAGCUCCGAUUAGCGCUUCGGGAUGAAGAUUCCGUAACGGAAUGUCCGGCGGAAAAUUCGUCACUCUGCGAGGGCAAAGCAAACUGUGAUAUCAAAUCGGUCAUCGAUCCGAACGGAACGGCGGCAACCGGUGCCGGUGCGGCGGAUGUGGCGACCGACGGCGAGGAUGGUGCCACUAAUCCAACUAUCGCCAAUACAACCAACGGCGGCAGCGGUGGCGGCGCUAGUGAUAAAAAGCCACACAAAAAGGCAAUUAUAUCCCUACCGAACCGGGGGCGGAUGAAACAGUCGUUCCGGAAAGCCGGCGGCAUUAAUCAGUUUAUCGAGGAAAAGCAGAAAAUCUCCCUGUCGAAGGAGCGACGGGCGGCGCGGACGCUCGGCAUCAUCAUGGGUGUGUUUGUGGUCUGCUGGCUGCCGUUCUUCCUAAUGUACGUGAUACUGCCGUUCUGUCCGUCGUGCUGUCCGACAAAUAAGUUAAUUAAUUUUAUCACAUGGCUCGGUUACAUCAACUCCGCUCUAAAUCCCAUUAUUUACACAAUAUUCAAUUUGGAUUAUAGACGCGCAUUCAAGCGGCUGCUGGGAAUCAAGCCGUAA